AUGUGCCGCAACACUCACCACGCAAACCAAGCCGAACACCCUCAGCUCCAAGUCACCGUAACUACGAUGACAGUCCUAGGAGAACUAUACAGCUUAAAGCAGGGCGGUCUUUUCCUCCCCGUAGCCGAAGACACCAACAACACCACAGCCGGCAGAUGCUGCAGCUGCGCCGGGAAUCGCAAACGGAAGAGCCUAGUCGCAAGCCUAGCCGAGCUACUCAGCAAGCCCUGGACCGUUCGGGAGUGUCGAGUCGUGAUGAACGAGUGGGAUAUGUUUAUGGCACCGCGAGUACAGCCAAGCACACUCCCGACAGUAUGCCAGCAUGGGAGCGCGUCGCCGUUUACUGCGUCUCAGAGAUGUAACGGAGAUAGGGGGAGGGGGAGAGAGACGGGGGUUAUUGAGUUGGAGGGGAAUCAUACUUAUGAGCAUAGUCGACGUUGA